AUGGAGCGAAAAGCGUCUCAUAAUCUGUUUGAGGUUUAUCUACGGCUACGGCCCCCGCCUACGCGACAUGGUGAUGGCGAUCGCAUUCUUGAUGUUGAACCCGCUGAGGAAGGUUCACAUCCUAAGCAUAUUGUUCUGAACCCGCCUACAGAUCGGCGCAGGGCGAUUGAGAAGUUCGCGUUUACCCAGGUUUUUGAGGAAGAUGCAACCCAGCUCGAUGUCUUUCACUGCACAGAGAUCGUCCCCUUCGUUGAGGGCGUACUGGCGCCUGAGGGCGGCGAGGGCACAGAUGCUGUCGUCGCUACCUUGGGAGUGACAGGUUCCGGCAAGACACAACGCGGCCUGACCCAACUCACGAUGGACGUCCUUUUCCGCUCAAUCGGCGAAAACAUUCUCGAUCCCAACGCCGCCUUCACAGCUCAAGACUCCCUCCAAGCUAUCGAUGGUGCCGAGUCCUCCCUAACAACCGCGUCCCACUUCUUCGAUCCUCCCUUUCGCGACUCAGUUGCUUCGCGAGCACCUUCACGCGCUGGUACUCCAAUGCUUGUACGACAGACCCCAAAGCCUUCCUAUCUCAACAUCCCCGCCUCCAAGCUGGUCGCCAACCUCCCAGGCGCGUUCCCGGCAGACUGUGCAUCAAGUCCGAAAAGUGAUCGUUCUUCUGAGCGUGGUAGAAGACCUCUCGAAAGUCUGCCUGCGUCUCCAAACGCGCUGAACUGUCCCAAGACGCCCAAGCGGGGUCUUCGACAUUUCAUGUCUCUUACUACUUCAACUCGUGUCAAGAAUGUUACUAAAGAUGAUGUUAAGCCCGAUGGUGUUAUGUCCCCACCACCUCGACGAAUUACCGUGCGCCCCUCGGCUCUUCCUCAGCUCCCUGAUGUGAGCAAUAUCGACAUCUCCUGCGAUCCCUCGGCCGAAUAUGUUGUUAUCAUCUCGAUGUACGAAGUGCACAAUGACCGAAUCUACGAUCUCCUCACUCCCGCUGUCAAAUCCGGCUCCACAAAAGAAGUGCGACGACGUCCUUUACUCUUCAAGUCAACAGAGCUCUCACCAGACCGAAAAGUUGUUGCCGGCCUUCGAAAGGUCAUUUGCUCCAGCUACAACGAAGCACUGACGGUCGUCGAGACUGGUCUGCAGGAGCGACGAGUUACUGGUACUGGCAGCAACAGUGUUUCGAGCCGAAGUCAUGGAUUCUUUGUCUUUGAAGUCAAGAAGCGAACCCGGAGCAGAAGACCUGGCCCUUGGGAGGGAAAUAGAUUCACCAUUGUUGAUCUGGCGGGCAGUGAGCGUGCGCGCGAAGCUAAGACGGCGGGUGCCACUCUUGCAGAGGCUGGUAAGAUCAAUGAGAGUUUGAUGUACCUAGGGCAAUGUCUGCAAACCCAGAGUGAGGCUGCUAGCUCAAGCAAGCCCAACAUUGUUCCCUUCAGACAGUGCAAACUUACCGAGCUCCUCUUCUCAAACUCAUUCCCCUCAUCCUCAACCUCUCACUCCCAAGCUCCUCGCCGCAACCCUCAAAGAGGCGUCAUGAUCGUCACCGCCGACCCUCGCGGCGACUUCAACGCCACAUCCCAGAUCCUUCGAUACAGCGCCCUUGCUCGUGAAGUCACAGUCCCUCGCGUUCCCUCAAUCACAACAACCAUCCUCGCCCAGCCACCACAAAUGGCUCAGAAUCGCUCCGUCAGUCCAACACAUCCCCACCCACGACCGUUCAUGCCCGCAGGCGGAGGAUCGUAUAGAAACUUCUCUCCACCAAUGAGCUCAGAUGAGCGUGCGAUGAUGGAGAUUGCAGCGCUUGAGAUCGCGCGUCUUAGUGAGGAAGCGGAUCAAUUGCGGGAAGAAGUCGAUCGCCAAAGUGAAGCACGCGUCGCAGCUGAAGCUCACCUUCUAACAAUGGAGGACCGCAUGCUUGAUCUCGAGGCAGCCAUACGCGAAGAGUGCGCCAUGGAGUUUGAGCAGCGUCUUGCACUAGAAAUGGCCCGCUGGAAGAACUCCAUGGCCAUUGAGCAAGAACGUACCGAGGAGCAUUGGGACCGCAAAGUCGAAGUCCUCGAGCGCGGUCUCGCCUCUGACGAAGACUGCGAUAAAGAAAACGUUCUUAUCGAAGACCUUGAAGAGGAAGUGGACCGCCUCCGUCGCGAAAACGGUAUUCUCAAGCGUGAGCUCGCGUCCCGUAGCCCCACCAAGCGCAGGCCCCUUGAGGAGCGGGAGGACUUUGCGCCUUCUUCCAAGUCAUCUCGCGGCGAUAGCAUGACCAAUCUAGGACGCAAGCUGGAGCGCAUGCGUGUCAGUGGUGAAAAGGCACGCUCGGUACCAGCCAAUGGCAAUGGCAGUCCAAAGAAGAUGCGAAAGUUGGGGACGAAAAAGUGGGAGCAUGAGGAAGAUGAACUGUCUUAG